GCUGCCGCCGCCCGGAGCCUGGCUCCCGGCCCCCGGCCCCGCCGCCGACCAUGAGCGGGGGGCUGCGCGGUGCGGCCCGGGACGGCCGACUGAACGCGCUGCGGGAGGCGACCCGCCGGCAGCUGAACGCGGCGGACGAGGACGGGAUGACCCCCGCUCUGUGGGCGGCGCAUCACGGAAACCUGGCGGCGCUGCGGCUGAUCGUCAGCAGAGGUGGUGAUCCUGACAAGUGUGACAUUUGGGGAAACACAGCUCUACACCUAGCAGCGGCCAAUGGCCACCUGGACGUCCUCUCCUUUCUGGUGUCGUUUGGGGCAAACAUCUGGUGCCUGGACAAUGACUACCACACGCCCCUGGACAUGGCAGCCAUGAAGAACCACAUGGAAUGCAUCCGCUACCUAGACUCCAUUGCUGCCAAGCAAACCACUCUGAACCCCAAAAUGGUCAGUAAGCUAAAGCAAAGAGCCUUCCGAGAUGCUGAGAAGCGCAUCAAGGAGUGUGCAAAGCUGCAGAAGAGGCACCAGCAGAGAAUGGAGAAGAGGUACAAGAAGGAGCUGGACUGCUCGGACGCCGUGAGCUUCAGCAGCAUGUCCAGCAGCUCGCUGAGUCGCCAGCUGCAGCGUCUCUCCCUGGUGACGGCAGUGCCUUACUCACAGGCUACCCUCACCGCCACCACCAAGGGCAAGACCAAGAUCCAGAAGAAAUUAGAAAGGAAGAAGCAAGUGGAUGGGAGCUUCAAGAUCUACGAGGAUGGGCGGAAGAGUGUCCGUUCCCUCUCCGGCCUCCAGCUCAAUAACGACGUGAUGUUUGUCAAACAAGGGAGCUCUGUCCACCCGAAGGAGCGGGUGCGGUGUAAUGUGCGGGACAUGUUCGCGAGAGAGGAGGACACAGCGUCGCAUGCUGCCAGUGACCCGGGUCUGCACGGCGACACCGCCUUCUCUGAAGUCAGUACUGACUCGGGUCAUGAGUCGCUCUUCAACCGGCCAGGCCUGGGCACCAUGGUCUUCCGCAGGAACUACAUCAGCGGCGGCCUCUUCGGGGUGGGACACAGCGGUGGGGAGGCUGACAACACGGACGGGGUGAAGAGUUCGGGUGUCAGGCUGCGCAGCCGACUCCGGCGAUCCAUCAGCCUUGACAGUAUCGGCAGUGCCCAGAGUCUGCAGGAGGAGAGUGCUGCCGAGCUGCCCUGGGAGGACGUGGAGCUGGGUCUGGACGAUGACCUGGAGCCAGAGACAAGUCCCCUGGAAACAUUCCUGGCCUCCCUCUGCAUGUUCGAGUUUGUACCAAUAUUUAAAAGGGAGAAGAUUGACCUGGACGCGCUCUCACUUUGCUCCGAUGAAGAUUUGAAAAGCAUAAAAAUCCCUUUAGGGCCCCGAAAGAAGAUCCUGGAGGGUAUCGAGAGGAGGCGGCAGGCUCUGGGGCAGUCUGACAGACUGCAGGACACCAGUCUAUAGGUGCCGGCAGGUCGGCAGGCGAGUGCCAAACUGUGGAAGAGCAACCUGUUCACUGGCACGUCCCGUCCCGCACCAUUGGUCUCACCCCAGCCACGGGAGGGAAGCAGUGGUGACAGUAAGUACGUGACUCAGAGGUGAGAAAGAGGUCUCGGUGUGUGCUGGAUCUACACCGUGGUCAAGGCACAGGUCUCCUGGAGCAAGAAGCAGUCUGCCGGAGGAACUCAGCGGGUCGAACAGCAUCUGUGGGGGGGAUAGGAGUUGUCGACGUUUCGGUUCGAGACUCUGGAGGACUUGCGGUUCCUACAGUUUGAUGGUCCUCCUUGUUGCUCCCUCGGCACCUGACGCCGCCAGGACCCCUUCACCCUUUGGACAACCUGAUCGUCAUGGAGUCACACGGCACGGAAACAGGCCUUUCGGCCCAUCGAAUCCUCUACUGACCCCCUCCACCCCUGCCUGAGCUCUCACCCUGCUGUUCACCUGUCCCACAUCUGACCCCGACCACUGCCAACCCCUGAAGAGGUGCCCUCCGUGUACUGAUCCCCUGACCUCCCCACUGGCCCCCACCGAUCCCCCCAGUCUCCUGGUCCUGAGGGCAGGUGGGGGACAUCCAGACUCCAUGUUGUAACCUCUCUACAUCUGUGUGUACACAGCACUGUCCUGAACGCACUCAGUUCCCCCGGUCUGAUGGGUACCUACAUUCCCGAUGUCCCGGGGUGGGGUGUGGGGUGCAGUGCAGUUGGGCAAGGCUGCCGCUCAGACUGGGACCAAGGGGCCAUCGUGAAUACUGUGAAGUUGUUUAAACUUUGAACCCUCCUCCUGGUGGUGAAUUGUGUCCACAAACUGGUGUGGGAGGGAAACGCUCCUGAGGCUGACACCCUCCUACACACUGCAUGUGUGUGACAGGCCCUCAGCAGCCCACCCCUGUUGCUCCAGCUGUUGGUAAAUAACCUGGUCCCUGGAGGGGAAAACACUCGGAACAGACUGGACUUUCACUAAGCCAGGUUAAUUCUGAGCCCUUCUGUCGGCAGAGCCAAUGGUGAACCAGGCAGGCACCUGGGACCCCCCUGUUGCUGCUUUGACAGAGGAAAGCACCAGCAUCUUUGUAGGACAGCUGGGACCAGCGUGUGUGUGCACACGCGCGCACACACACACAAACACACUCUGCGCACACACACGGCUCCCACAUACGGAGCCUGCCUGGCCCUCUGUCAGGUUUGGAAAUGGAUGUCCCUUGCCACAGACCUUGGUCUGAUUGCUCGCCGUGGAACUGUGGAGACGAAUGAAUCCAUCCACCCCCCAGUGUGUUGACCAGCGUGUCUGAUCCUUUUCGCUGUCGGACUCCGAUCCCGGGACUGCCGUCUGUUGAUCACCAUCUUUAUCUGCAGUCAGAGACCCGGGCAGCACAGAAACAGGCCCUUUGGCCCAUCACGUCAAUGCUGACCCUCUGCUAUCCAUCUACAUUGAUCUCACUUAAUCGUUAACCUUUUAUGCCGUGGCAAUAUCGGGAUGCUGCAUCAAUGUGGCAGCCUCUGCCUCCACCCCUGGGGCAGUGAGGGCAGGAUUCCCACCACCCUCUGUGUGACAAGCUCCUCUUCAGAUCCCCUGUAAACCUAAACCCACCCCCUCUAGUUUUAGACACCUCUGCCAUGGGGAAAAGUUCCUUCCUGUCUGCCCUGUGUAUGGCUCACACCGCUACAGGGGAAACAAACCCAGCCUCUGCUGCUGCUUCUCAGAACUGAAACACUCCAUCCCAGGCCACAUCCAGUGAACCUCCUCUACAGCAACACACACACAGUGCUGGGGGAGCUCAGCAGGUCAGGCAGCGUCUGUGGAGGGAAAUAAUCAGUCGACACUUCAGGUCAAGACCCUGCAUCAGGACUGGAGAGGAAGAGGGCAGAGGCCAGAAUAAGAAGGUCGGGGGAGGGGAGGAGCACAUGCAGGCAGGUGACAGGUGA